AUGGGUUACCAACUUUGGCAUAAUAUUCCCACUGUGGGAACAACUGAUGCCCCAGACAUUGCCUCUAGACUUACUCAGCUAGCACACCUGUGCAUGGAAAUCCAAUCCAGCAUACAACUAGCAGAAGAAACAGUCAAGAAAUGGAAUAAGGGCAACUUCAUUGAACACUCACCAGGACAGAAAGUAUGGCUGGGAGCAACUAACCUCAAGGGGUUACAUCCAAAAGCAAAACUUGGACUAAAGUGCUAUGGACCCUUCACCAUUGAUCAGAAACUGUCACCAGUGGUUUACCACUUAAAACUACCACCCAAAUGGAAGAUUCAUCCUGUGUUUCACACAGGACUACUCUAUCCUUAUUCGGAAACAACAAUGCACAGAAAGAAUGACCUUCAACCUCCACCAGAACUCAUCAAGAACCAGGAGGAGUUUGAAAUUGAACGUAUCAUUGAUUUGAAAACAGUUGGCAAGUGA